AUUAUUCCAUAAUCCAUUGUUAUUCUAAAAUUCUAAAUUCUACGUUUACGUACGGUACAUAGCGAUAAAAUUAUAUUUUCCAUUAUCUCAUUGUUGGGAGCUAAGAUACGUUGUUGUAUUUAGGGUACCCGUUUUAUGUGAGCGCCCAUUACAAUUAAAAAUACCUUUAAGUAAUGUUCGCAAUUCAAGGGUAAAUCCUAGUGUAUUUAUAUCAAAACAUUGAUAAAAAGCGAUUAUAAAAUGUCUGCAAAUGUUCCUUUAGUCGUAAGAUUACUAGCUUCGUCAGUAUCGGUCGCGGGAAGGGCAGGGAAAAUAGUUCGGGAUGUUAUGAGCAAGGGCGAACUCGGCAUUGUCGAAAAGGCCAAAGAUGAUUACCAAACCGAAGCAGACAGGUCUGCACAGAAGUGUAUCAUUGCUUCACUGUCUGCUCAGUUUCCUAAGGUGAAUAUUAUUGGUGAAGAGGAGCAAUGUCAAAGUAGCGAGGAAGAAGUCACAGACAGUAUAGUCUUAGAGGCAGAUAAAGAAAUUUUGAGACUAGAUUGUCCGGCGAGCUUGAAAAGUGUCAAAGAAGAGGACAUUGUUGUUUGGGUGGACCCCCUGGAUGGAACAUCAGAAUAUACACAAGGUGCUCUUAUGUUGAAGAGAGAUCCUUGGGAAAGAUGGAAAAUGUAUUUGACUCAUCCGCUAAUAAGCAUCAAGUGGUACUUAAGUUUGCUCCAAUCGAACUUUGGAUUUCUGGAACAUGUAACGGUGCUGAUCGGUAUAUCGGUGAACGAGCAGCCCGUAGCAGGGGUUAUACAUCAGCCGUACUACAGGAGCCUGGUGGCGGGGGAGAAGAUCCUGGGGCGGACGAUCUGGGGCCUGCAGGAGGUGGGAGUGGGGGGGUUCACCCCGGCGCCGCCCCCCGACUCGCUCGUAAUCACCACCACCCGCAGCCACUCCAACCCCGUGGUGGAGAAGGCCCUGCAGGUCAUGAACGCUAGCCAGAUCUUGAGAGUUGGCGGAGCUGGUUAUAAGGUUCUGCAGCUGCUAGAGGGCGCGGCGUCGGUGUACGUGUUCGCGAGCGCGGGCUGCAAGAAGUGGGACACGUGCGCGCCCGAGGCCGUGCUGCGCGCCGCCGGCGGCCGCCUCACCGACAUACUCGGCAACUGCUACAAGUACGGCCCUGAGGUGGGCCAUCCGAACGCGACGGGCGUGCUGGCGGCCGCCACCGCCGAGCUGCACGCGUUCGCGCUCAGCAAGAUACCACAGGAGCUCAAGGACAAACUCGCAUGUAAAUAGUGUAUACUGGCUAAUAUUAUAUUAUGUGGAGGCUA